UUCAUCCAACCAAGCUGGCGGUAGUUAAUUUUUGUAUAAAGAAGGUUCAUUCUCCCAGUGGAAUAUUUUUUUUCAUCAUCAGCAUCUUCAGCAUCUUCAGCAUCUUCUUCACUUUAUUUUACAAUCUUUCCAUCUUGCGCCGGUCGCUUUGUAUUUAAUCUCACAAACUUUCUUUCAAUAAUUUCCAAAGUUUUUCAACUUCAUAACAAACCAACUACCUUCAAAAUGCAAUACACUUCAACAAUCCUCCUUUUGGCCUUCGGUGCCACCAACGUCUUCGCCCACGGUCUCCUCACUGAUGUUCAGGGUGCCAACAAGGUUGUCAUGCCUGCUCUUUCGGGUAAGUUUCCUCAUCCCUUGGAGUUACUUAUAGCUUCUUCGCCUUUCUUCUUUAGUCUCAUCCCAUUAACACGUUGAUAUAGUCGCCGACGGAACUCCUCGUGAUUGCCCGUCUCCAGGAUGCGGUGCCGAGGCCGAUACCUCCAUCAUUAGAGCUAACGAGCUUGGUACCAACAGAGCUAGCGCUCUUGGCCGUACCUCCACUGGCCCAGUCGACGCUUCCAAGAUGAUCUCCAUGUUCAUGGGAGGCAAUGCCAACAGCACCUCCGCAGUUGAAGCCCGUAAGAUCCACGCCGCAGCCAUGCAUCGUCGCUCCCUCGUUGUUCGCGCCGCCAACGGUGGUGCCAAGACACCAAAAGGUACAUCAGAGACCGGUGUCAAGGCUGCUGAAGGUGGUGGUGCCGCAUCUGGCAUGCCAACUUGCGCCGAUGACGGAACUGUCAAGAUGACCUUCCAUCAAGUCAACCAAGAUGGUGCAGGACCCUUGACCGCAAUGAUUGACAGCACCUCCGGUGGAACCGACCCAGCUGCCUUCAAGAAAGCUGCAGUUACCCAGAACGUUCCGGGUAUUGGUAUCGGUGGUCUCUCCGCCGCUCAAACCAUGGAUUUCCCAGUCGCCAUUCAAAUGCCAGCUGGUAUGACUUGCUCCGGCUCUGUCGGUGGCGCCUCCGGUGUCUGUAUCGCCAAGGUUCAGAACAGCGCUCUCGCUGGACCUUUCGGUGGAUCCGUCGCUUUCACCCAAUCCGCCGGUGCCAAGAAGCGUGCUAUCGAGUACAACCUCAGCAAGCGCCGCUUCGCCCGCGCUCUCGCUGCCGAUUCUGAGUAAACAUCUUCAGCACGCUAGCGAUGAUCGAAGCGUACAGUGCCGAUGAAGUUUUCUGGAUGGAACAGGUUCACGAUUAAUGGUUAUUAUUGAAGAUUGAAGAAUGGCUCGGAAUUCCCUUUGUGUUAGAUUUUCUCCUAUAUCGGACAGUGAACUCUAUCUGGCGAUGGAGAAUGAGAUCUGCGAUCUCAUCUCUUGAGCUGGGAGAAGGGGUGGUCCUAUAGAUACUGUGAUGAUGAAUUGGCUUGCACUUUCGUUCAACAUACAAGCCUUUUCAGUAGAUGCUGGGCACGGUACCUAAAUCUUAAUUUAUGCUGAUCAAAAACUGGCUCUCUUAUUUGGUUUCUACUGUGAUUGUGAUUG